AUGUUAUGUUUAACAUCAGAUGAGUGGAAGUGGCAGUGACAGGUAAGAUAAUGGACUGUUAUUUUCGCACUAAGAAUUUGACAUUGUUAUGAAAAGUGCAAAUUGGCUAACAUAAAUGAGAGUUAGCAUAAUUUCUCAAAGAAAAAAAGUUAAUAAAAGUAAAAAAGGUAUGGACUAUUUUGGUUGCUCUAACACAGCAACAGACAACCAAACAGAUCUCAAUUCUAUUUUAAUAUCAAUGAAUGACAUGAAAGCCGAAUCAAUGAAUUCUGAUAUGCUAUGCUGUGAUACUGAACUAUUAAAUGAAAAAGAUAUUUCUUCUGAUUUGACUAAUCUGGAUAAUUUAGACAUACUUAAUGAUGGAACUGAUGUGUUUCCAAAUGCAAAUGCAAUUAUGGAUUGCCUAAAUCAAUCUCCUGAGCCUUUUGAAUUGCCAGCUAUCGACACAGAUGAAUCGGUUCUUCCAGUAUUUGGACCAUACACUGAAUUUGAGUCUUCAACUAAUUAUCAAGCAGAUGUCUUAGAUCCAAAUGCUGUGCCCGGAGUAUGUGGCCUUCGAAAUCUUGGAAAUACUUGUUUUAUGAAUGCGGGCUUACAAUGUCUUCUUAACAACAAGACCUUCAAAACGUAUUUUGGUGAAGCAAAUAUUGAUAAUUUUUCUGAAGGCACUUUAUCCUUAAAAUUUGCUGAAACAAUGAAAAAAGCUUGGAGUGGAAAUUACUCAUCUAUACAUCUAGGUGAAUUCAAAGAUUGUUUUGGAUCUAUGUAUAACCAGUUUAGAAAUUUUCGCCAGCACGAUUGUCAAGAAUUUUUAGCAUUAUUACUUGACACCAUGCAUGAAGAAUUAAACACAGCUACCAAAUGCAAAGUAAAGAAAAAAAUAGAUAUUGCACCUACAAAUAACACAAUACCUAAUAGUAGUUUAGACCCUACCACCUCUGUGAAGCUUGAGCUUAAGUUAGAUUGUGAAAAAGAUAUGGAAGUCUGCGACACUAAGGAAGAAGAAGAAUGUAAAGGUAAAGAUAAUGAGCCAGAUGCAGCCAUUAAAUGUGAAGUUUAUUCUCCUAAUCCCGUUGAAAUGUGUGAAGUUGCCAUGGAUGUAGAUUCUGCAGCAAAUAAUACUAUACCUGCUACUAAUGUAACCAGUUCUGUAAAAGUAAAAAUAGAAACUGAAACUAGCUCUUCGGUAUAUGACAGGAACACUGAAAAAAUGGCAGAUCUUCUUAUUAACAACAAACUUGACACCAUCCUGAAUAAAAAUGAACUUGAUAUUUCAAGCAGCAAUGAGCAUCAAAGUAACUGUGACUCUAAAAGAAACUCUAUUAAGAAGAAUUCUAUAAAAAAUGUAAAUGAUGUUAAUGAGAAUAAUUUAGAAAAAAAUGAAUUAGCUUCAAAACUGAAUUCUGUCCAUAAAAUUCCUAGUAUUGAAGAUUUUGUUAAAGAUACUAAAACUCUGAAUACCAAUGUUCUGGUUUCAGAUGAGACAAACAAUUUGUUCAAAUUUGACAGUGAGAAGUUUCCAAAGCAUGACUCUAAUCGCUUACAAGAAACUGUUGAUAAUCUUGGACAAAUGGUAGAUUUAGGCACAAAACAAGGUGGUAUCAAACGAGUGAAGAUUACAAACAUUAUCCAUGAGAAGCAUGGUAUACUUGAACAAAGCUCUGAUCAAUUUUCUUCUUGCUCUACUCUUCACAAGCGGCAGAAAAUAGAGAACAUAGAUGCCAACCUAGAUUCACCAAUACCAGAACAAGAUGAGACUGUAGAUAUAGAACAGUUACCCUGUGAUGAAUAUUCUGAGAGUUCAAGCCAAUCUAGUGAAUUAUACCCUCUGAAUUCUGAAUGCCAAGAACUGUUGGUAGCUGAAGAAGUACGUAGAGCUUAUAGUGAUUGGGAUCAGUACAAAUCUUUGAAUCAAUCCAUUGUUGUUGAUACUUUUCAUGGGCAGUUUCGUAGUUCCGUUGUCUGUUCCCAGUGCUCUCAUAAUUCAAUAACAUAUGAACCUUUUAUGUAUCUUCCAGUAUUUCUUCCUCACACUUUAGAGAGACAAAUAGUUAUUACUUUUGUUCAAAAUAAUGGUGCUCCUCCUGUUUGUUAUCUUGUUAAUGUCAACAAGUUUGACCGAAUACACAAGAUUAGAGAGGCUCUCCAGAUACUUCUGGAUGUUCCAGCUGAAGAGAUAAUACUGGCUGAAUGUUUUGAGAACCAUAUAUCCAGGUUUCUUGAUGAGAAUCAGUCUAUACGUCGAGUAAACGAUUCCACUAGAUCUGUGUAUGCCUUUGAAGUUGGAAAAAUAUGUGAAGAAAAUUCUGACCCUAUGAAAUCUACUAACGCAGAAGAUAUAGGUAGCUUAUGUGCUGAAGAUAAGCAUUUCAACAAGUCAAAUAUGACUACUAAAUUAUCUGACGAUAGUUUAUUGAAAAAUUCAAUUGAUGAGGACAUAUUUGAAACUUUUGAUCCUUCACAAAUUAGAAGUACCAGUCCAAAUGAAAAAAGAGAUAAUAUUCUUUUAACAACAGAGUUCCUAGAAAAUAGUUCGUCUGAAUUUACGCAUGGUAGCACUCAAAAUGAAAACUGUCCUUUAGGUCCCAUUCAAUUUCAUACUUGUGCCAUUUGCCUAGAAGAGCUUCCAAAUUAUAAACUGUCUUUUCACCCAAGCUGUGAGUGUAUUCUGUGUAACAGUUGUAUAGAAGUAUCUUGUAAACAUUAUGGUGGUGCUACUUUUAUCUGUCCAGUUUGUAGUUCACCUGUUGCUCCUGCUGAAGACUUUAUGCCACUAACUAAAAUAGGUGAAACUCAGUACAAAAUAAGUACAAUUCCUAUACCAAUUGUCAUGCGACAUGAUAUUUUUGAAGAAGGUGUUUUGAAACAAAAAGUACUGAUUGGCCACCCGUGUCUGCUCAAAUUACCUUCAUCUUUACCAGCCUCUAAAUUGUAUGAGCAUGUAGAUAGAGCUAUUCCUUUUUUGUCAACCUAUUCACUAUUAUUAGUUGAUGGGCAGGGUAAAAAUUGCUCACGCUGCUUGUAUAAUAAGCAUUGUUCUGGUUGUGAAAUUACUCGAAUCGGUGAUAUCAAACUGCAUCCUGGUGAUAAUAUUGCUGUUAGGUAUGUCGAUCUCACUGCUGAAAAUAUAGCUUCUGCAUCAUAUGCUGUAGAGCACAAGUCAAUGCAACAGACUCGACAUAAAUCCGAACUUGAUAUUUAUGACUGCCUAGAAUAUUUCAGUGAAAGGGAGAGUCUAGAUGCAGAUAGUCCAUGGUUCUGUCCCGUUUGCCGUCGAAAUCAACAAGCCACCAAAUCCUUAUCUGUAUGGAAGUUUCCUCAGGUGCUAAUUAUUUAUCUUAAACGUUUUGUCUUUCAUGAUUUUAUGAGCAUCAAAGUUGAAGAUAAGGUCUCAUAUCCAUUAGAAGGUUUAGAUUUAUCCUCGUUCUCAUCUGGACCAUUUUCUGAAGAUCUCAUGUAUGAUUUGCAAUCUUGUGUGUGCCACUUUGGUGGUGUUAGUGCUGGUCAUUACACUUCUUACUCAAAACAUGCUACAAGUAAUGAAUGGUACUAUUAUAAUGAUGAGAAUGUUAAAAAAGAAGCUCCAAAUACAGAAGAGUGUGUUAAUGAAUAUAUUUUCUUCUAUCAGAAAAGGUAGCAUUUCAGUGCAUCAACCUGAAAUGUAGCUAUAAGCUCAGAAGGAAAAUGUAAUUUGAUGAAAAAAAUUUUUAGAAGUCAGUACUCACUUGCAAGUCCAAGGUUCAUUAGAUUGUAAAUGUGUGCUUGGUGUUGCAACAAAAUGGGACUAAUGUUUAAAAUAUUCUGUCAACUUUCUUGUCUUUAUGAAUCAAGCAGUAUUAUAUUUUGUAUGAAUUUAAUAGGGUACAGAUUUUAAAAAAAAAUAAGGCUAGUUAAUAAUUGAAUUAUCAGAUGUCUCAUAAUUUUCUUAAAUAUUAAUUUAAAUUACAUUUAAGUAUUCAUUUAAAUGUAAUUUUGUUUGUUUAUGAAAUAAUUCCUAUAAAAAUUAAAGCUCAUGUAAAUAACUUAAAUGUGUGUGAAUCAUUUCCAUUAAAUACCUUAAUAUAGUAGCACCUAUUCUAUUAGUAAGUAUAUUAUUUUGUGUAAUUUAAUUUUCAUAUUUAGAUUAAAAAAUAUUGUCAAUGAUGCUAUCAUUUUUUUUUCCAGCUAUUAUAAAAUUGUUUGUUUACUUUGUGUCUGAAAAAGAAAUAUCUGUACUCUGUAUUCAUGCGUUUUCUCAGUGCAUAAAAAUAACUUUAAAAAAUGCUUUAUUUAUUUAGUACAAGAUAAAUGAUUUUAAAAAAACUAAUAAAUCCUAUGUGAAAAAAUACUUAAAAAGUUUGUACUAAAAGAAGAUAACUUUUUAGUUGAAACGGUUAUUAAAAGCAUGCUAUUGGUGUAUCGCUAUAUAUAUAAGUGCAAUGAUCAACAUCAGUAUGUUUUAACAGAAUAUCCACAUAAUUUAUUACAUUUCAUAGUAAUAAUAUCCAAAAUAUAUAAUUUAAUAUCUCCUAAUUGCAUGAUAUACAAGCAUGGGAUACAUUUUUCUAAUGUAGCACAGCUUUUUAUAGCCAAAAUGUCUGGCAUUCUUAGAAUGAUACAAAAUCAAUCAUCUUAACGUCAUUAAUAAAGUAAAGCUAUUUUGCCCUCUUUCCUUAAAUUUUACGUUAUCCUGUCUCAAGGAUAUAUUUUAAAACAUCCAGUGUGUUUCUUACAGUUCAUUAAGUUUAUUGUUUACUAGUGAAACUUAUUCUCUAGUUAAGAGAUUAUACCUAAAUGCAAAAAUACAUUAGAAUGGUUAACUGAUCUUAACUCAUAGCUUUGUGUUUAUUUAUUGAUAGCCUUAGUUCUAAAAAAAUUAUUUUAUUCAACUGAUAACCAUUUUUUCAAAAAACCAGGAACUUAAAAGGAAGGGAAACUGUUCGAAUGCAUUAAGUUUAAAUUCAGAUAAACUGAAAAUAGUUAUUGUAAAAAACAAUCAAAAAUUUAAGUCUCCAUUACUUCUAACCUUAAAAGGAAAAUUUUCAUGUACCUCGAUGAAAGACAUAUAAAAAAAAACUCAUAACUGCUGUUUACUUUUUGACUUUUAACUUUUUUUUUUAUUCACAAAUUAAAGCAAAAAUAAUUAUAGAAACUUUCCCAAUAUGUUUGGUCUUGUAUGCUAAAAAAAAUAUUUGUCGUGUUAUUUUGUAUGACAAAAAAAUUUUGAUUUUAAGACAUAGAAGCAUGGUGUGGAAAAGACUGUACUGUAUGUUCAAUAUUUGUCCAUCCAAAGCAUUGCAAAUUGUGUUCACUUGUAGUCAUCCUUAUCUAACUAUUAACUUCAUCAACAAAUUGUAAUCUUUAUUUAUGUCAUCUGUUAUGUUAUUGACUAUGUGAUAUAUGUUUUAAUAUAAAUAAAGUAUGGGUUCCUUUUUUCAUGUUAAAUGCUUAGAAUAGAUAAUAAAUCAUUUUUCAACAUUUUAAAA